CGCUAGCCUUACCGUCGUGGUAAUUAACAAGGCUAGUGCCGAUUCAUGCCUCUCAUAAUCUCAUUGGCCGGUGAUUUUCUUAGAAAGACUCAAAUGGUGGGAGCAUGAUGCACACAACAGCUUGUCCGGCUGGCAAGCGCUCCCGAUUCGUACGUGUAAGUUCUCUCCUCCGGCGAAGGCUCUCUCCGUAUAUUUACCGCAACUUCUCCGGCGAUUUCCGGAUGUCUUGGCCGGUGAUCAGUCUCUGAGAAUGGCGGUGGGUAGUAAUACUCAGCAGAGCUUGAGGAAAGCGCUUGGAGCUUUGAAGGACUCCACAAAAGUUGGGCUGGCCAAAGUAAAUAGUGAAUACAAGGAAUUGGAUAUUGCCAUUGUGAAGGCUACAAAUCAUGUUGAAGUAAUUGCUAAGGAGAAACAUAUUCGGACUAUCUUUGAUGCAGUUUCAGCUUCAAGACCUCGGGCAGAUGUUGCUUAUUGCAUACAGGGUCUUGGCAAGCGUCUAGCAAAAACACACAAUUGGGCUGUUGCAUUGAAAACUUUAAUUGUUAUACAUCGUGCACUAAGGGAGGUUGAUCCUACAUUUCGAGAAGAGCUCUUAAGUUAUAGCCGGAGCAGAGGUCUCAUGCUGAAUCUAUCUCAUUUCAAGGAUGAUUCAAGUCCAAAUGCAUGGGAUUAUUCAGCUUGGAUUCGUUCAUAUGCUCUAUAUCUUGAAGAGCGCUUGGAAUGUUAUCGCAUACUAAAAUAUGAUGUUGAGACAGAUCGCUCGAGAACUAGGAUGCUUGACACACCAAACAUGCUUGAGCAGCUACCUGCUUUGCAGCAACUUCUUUUUCGCCUUCUUGCUUGCCAGCCAGAGGGUGCAGCUGUAUAUAAUUACUUAAUCCAGUAUGCUCUUUCAAUUGUUGCUGGUGAAAGUGUUAGGUUAUAUGUUGCAAUUACUGAUGGAACUCUAAAUUUGGUUGACAAGUUUUUUGAGAUGCAACGCCAUGAUGCUGUUAGGGCUCUGGAAAUUUAUCAGAAGGCAGUUGCUCAGGCAGAGAGAUUAUCAGAGUUUUUUGAGAUUUGCAGGGGCCUUGAUUUUGGACGUGGACAAAAAUUUGUCAAAAUUGAACAGCCUCCUGCAUCUUUUAUGGCAUCAAUGGAAGAGUAUGUGAAGGAAGCCCCACGCCGUUUGAUGCUUCAACAAGCUACAACUAAUGAUGACAAAAGCACUACUCCCAAAGCAAUCACUGCAUCUGAAGCUGAUCCAGUGAUUGAUGAGAAGAAAGAUAUUGAUGUUGAAGAAGAAGCAUAUCCAUCUGUCACAUCACCUGAUCCUUCAAAGGAUGAGCAGAGGGAGGCUGCAGAUCCACCACAAGUUGUAGAUCCACAACAAAUUUCUGAUCUAUUGCGCAUGGAUGAGUUAAUUCCCGAAGCGUCUGAACUGGAUGAAAAAAAUGCCCUUGCCCUUGCAAUUGUAACACCUGAAAAUCAUUCAAAUUCUGCAAAUGAUCUUGACCUGAUGGGUCAAACUUCUGGGUGGGAACUUGCUCUUGUUACUGCACCAAGCUCUAAUAAUGCUGCAGUUGCAGAUAGUAAAUUGGCUGGUGGGCUGGACAAGUUGACACUCGACAGUUUGUAUGAUGAUGCAAUUGCAAGAGGAUCGAACCAGAAUGGGGGCUACCACAUGGGACAGGCAUCAAAUCCUUACGAUGUGGCUACCCAAGACCCAUUUUAUGCUUCCAACAACAUAGCACCCCCAACUAAUGUGCAGAUGGCAACCAUGUCCCAGCAACAAGCCUUCAUGAUGCAGCAACAGCAGCAGCAGCCCGCGAUUGGCCAAGAUUCAACCAACCCCUUUGGAAAUCCCUUUGUUGGGGCUGGAGGCCCAUCUCAUCCACCUCAUAAUUCAUACACUGGCUUAAUUUAAGGGAGUCAUUAAUUAAGAUUACACCAUUACACCAAACAAGUCCUGGGUUGUAUACCCUCAUUUAGUGGCAAUGGAAGCAAUAGUUUUGAGGCUGCAGCUGCAACAGGUGAGGAAUUUGAAGUGGAGGGCUGUCUUCUCUUUUCUCCUCAAGAUUUUUCGUUGUGUAUUUGUCAAAAGUUCAAUCAUGCAUACAUCUCCGAUUGGCAAGUCCAGAUGGCAAAAAUUUUGCUGUAAUAUUUCUCAUUACUAAGCCCUUCUUCACCAUUGAGGUGGCUUGGCAUUGCUGUAAAGGUGAAGUAAUUUCCUCUCAGAAAAGAAGGUUCUCUCCAUAAUUGCAAUUGUAUGGACAAUCAAUAUAAUAAUUCAAAAGCUGUUGAUGUGCA